AUGAUGAGAUCACUGUUCAAGGGUUAUAAUCCCACGUUCAAGCUCCAUCCUCUUAGGUGGGAGGCAGAGUCUCUCCUGCUUUUGAGCCCUACACAGCAGAUAUGCUACUACAAUGGGAAAUUGUUUGGCGGGUAUAUUGCCCUCUUGAUGGACCGCAUUCUUGCCGACAGUUGCAAAUCAGCAGUCACAGCCUACUUGAACACGUCUGAUCUCCACUCGGUUCCACCAACAGCUCCGAUACUUCUUCGAGCAUGGCCCGAUCGGGUUGAAGGUCGCAAGGUUUACUUGAAGGGUUCUCUCCAGAUUCCAGGAAAGGUUCCUCAAGAUUGGAUUGAGGCGAUUACAGCGGAUGCUUUGUUUAUAAAGCCAAAGGAUUGGGAAUAA